CCGAGGCUCCGCGACCGGACACAAGUCGCAGACAUGAGACUGGACAGUGUGCUCAUCAGCGACGCCGUCGACCAGGCGUGCGUCCAACUUCUCAGGGACAAUGGCAUCCGGGUCACGCUCAAGACCAAAAUGCCACUUCCAGAAUUACUGGAGGAAAUCAAAAAACACGACGGCCUGAUUGUGCGCUCGGACACCAAAGUGACCCGCCAGGUGCUGGACAAUGCCCCCAAGCUCAAGGUCAUCGGCAGGGCGGGCACCGGCGUGGACAACAUUGACCUCGAGGCGGCCACCGCCAGGGGAAUCCUCGUCAUGAACACACCUGGUGGAAACUCAAUCAGCGCCUGCGAGCUGACGUGCGCUUUGAUAUCCAGCCUGGCCAGGCACGUCUCGCCGGCGAGCUCGGCGUUGAAAAAGGGCAGUUGGGAGAGGAAGAAUUACGCGGGCACCGAACUCUACGGAAAAACUUUGGCCGUUCUGGGCCUCGGUCGCAUCGGCCGCGAGGUCGCCGUCAGGAUGCAGGCGUUCGGAAUGAAGACAAUUGGUUACGACCCUAUUAUCAGUGCCCAGGCUGCUCGCGAGUUCAAUGUGGAGAAAAUGGAACUGGAACAAAUUUGGCCACUCGCUGAUUACAUCACUGUGCACACCCCACUCAUUCCUCAAACACGAAAUCUGAUCAACUUUGAGGUGUUGAACAAGUGCAAGAAGGGCGUUUACAUUAUCAACGUGGCCCGUGGCGGCAUCGUCGACGAGGAAGGUUUGUUGCGCUCCCUUGAGUCUGGACAGUGCGGCGGAGCGGCGCUGGACGUUUUCACCGAGGAACCUCCAAAGUCUGAAGGUCUCAUUAGGCUGCUGGAACACCCCAGGGUGUUGGCUACGCCUCACCUGGGUGCCAGCACUGCUGAGGCACAGCAAAGGGUUGCCGUUGAGAUUGCAGAGCAAUUCGUCGCUCUUACGAAGGGUGAGGCCCUUUUCGGAGUGGUCAACUGCCCAGCCCUGACGACGGCCGUCCAGGCGAGCACAAAGCCGUGGGUCGACCUGGCUAAGGCGCUGGGCUCUUUCGGCCCUUCCUCAGACUGCACCGUGACCGUUCAGACCUUCGGGCCAGGUCUCGAGCGCCUCUCAGGUCACCUGGGACCUGCAGUGCUGGCUGGCAUGCUGGCCUCACAAACCGCCAACCUGAUCAACGCACCCACCCUGGCAAAGGAAGCCAACCUGACCGUGCGUUCAGAGCACCUGCACGGCGAACAACAGCAGGGGCUUCAGGUCAACUUCAGCAACGGGAGGUGCGUGAGGGGAAGCGUGGUGGAAGGGGUGCCCUCCCUGCUGGCUGUUGAUGACGCCCGCUUCGGCGAUAAAGGCGUCGAGCUCGGCGGCAACCUGUUGAUGCUGGAUGGCGUCACCGACCUGGCACAGGUCGUGCACUCGGUGGCCGCCAAGGGGGUGCGCAUCAGCAGACUGGCAACUGCACAUGCGGGUAGGGGUUGCGUCGCCGUCCACACUGACGCACGCGUCGACGGCGCCGUCGCCGGCGGACGACUCCUAGGACAACUCACCUUCUAACUGAUUUUUAAAUUAGAGACAAAGCAGAUGUGCCUGAUGUCUAUUUUAACUUUUAGAGAAUAUCUUGUAAGAUGAGUUUAAUUUAAAACUUCUCCUCUAAAAAGUCUUGUAACAAUUCAAAUAUUUGAAAUAAAACGAUAUUGUUAAUUGGACAAAUCACA